CGCCCACUCUCAAGGUCCAAAAAUUUAAUAAGCGCCCAGGGCGGUUAAUCGAAUAAAUACGGUAAUCUUUGUGUAAUAUUUUUUGUCUGUUGACCAUCUGUUAUUUUGAGCCCUGAAGUGGUUUACGGUCGUUCUUUGCUUACUGCUGUUAUGUUUUGUUAUGUAAGUGUCAUGGUUAUUAGCUGUUAAAUGUUAAAGAGUUAUGAGAAGGUUGGACUAGCUAUGCAGAAGGCCUGCUUGGUUUAAGUCCCCUGCUGACAACUAUAAGCUGGAGCUGUAUUUCAGUAGUCCAAGUUCAACUUUUGAACCACCCUUGAAAAUGUCCAACUAGUUUGCUUUCAGCUUUGAGAUUUUAACCAUUUUAUACAGUCAAACCUUGUUAAUAUGGAGGCUGAGGGGACCAUAGAAAGUGUCCAUAUUAACAGGGUGUCCAUAUUAAGCAGGUGAUGUUAAAGGGGCUGUGUCACGGCAGUCCAGUUCAUUUUGUUUAAUUUUGCCAAUUACUCGCCCUCAAUCGCUAUGGAACUUAAAGUAAGCAAAGAAAUUACAUGUAAACGACAAAAUCAGAGAUCCGAGACAAACAAAUAUGUCUCCUGAGCAUUAUUUUUGAAGUCGCAAGCAGCAGGGAUCAACUUUGAAAAACUGUUAGGCUGAACAGUUUUCAAAAACCCUAAUUUCAAUCCGUUUCAAUCUUCUUCAGUUUUGCCCAUCUGUGGCAUCUGUUGUUUCUGUCAUGUGAUUUUAACCUUCCUUUAAAGUUUUAAGCAGUUAUUUUUAUGUUUCUCUUAAUUUAACAGGCAUUUUGUAAUUUCCUAAUUUGGCUGUAUUUCGUGAUACAACUCCUUUAAAAGUAAAAACUAGACCCUAUUUUGAACAAAAUACUAAAGAAAUAAAACAGGACAUAUUGAAAUAGCCAAAUUAAACAUCUCUGACCUUCACAAAACCAUCACUGGCAGACCAUGUCUAUGGGAACACUCACAAGUUGCUCAUUAUAUAUUGCUUAAUCAAAAAUCGUUCUGUGCAGAACUCCAAAAUAGUCUAAAAUUUAUUUCCACAGUUCCUCCUAGAAGGGGUACUGCAGGGGGUAACCCUGCAAUGGACUAGCAUCCCGUCCAGCGGGGAGUAGCAAUACUUCUAGGUGCUUCAUGCUGGUGAAACUGGGAUAAGCUCCAGCCGUUUGAGCCUUUAGCUUGUGUACGCCUUUACCUUAUGUGAAGAUAUUUGGCUCAUUGUAAUCAAAACCUACAAUUCUGACCAAAAGGUUUUGGGACACCUCCCCUUUUUCACUUGGUUUUGUAUGGAACUCACAGCUAACUGGUGAUACACACUCAUAAAACAGCCUUAACAAGAUUUUCUGCCCACCGCCACUAAACAAAGUUGAGGUCCUUGAAGUGUACAAGAUGUGGAAAAGGUUUUUGACUUGUAACACCCAACACUGUUCCGGGGGGGGGGGGUUCAACUUAAAUUAUAUUUUCCUCACCUAAAAGACAGUGUCCCAAAUGUUUUGACCAGGAUUGUAGAGCUGCCAGCCCUCUCAUGGUACUUCCCUGAGAUCGGUAAGCAAGGAACUAGCGGUACAUGUUGUAGUAGUGAUGGACAAGGUCUAGAGAUUUCACAGCAUUGCUUUUUUUAUGCUAGCAUGAGUUUGCUUUUUCAGAUCCGUGUCUUAUACUCCGAAGUUGGAUUGGAGGCUCCUUCAAGUGCAUCUUUGCCGAGAAAGCCAGCAAAAAAAACAGGAACUAAACACAGGAAGAGUCGUUCCAUGGAUUCAUUUGAUAGCAUAAUUAACAAUUCAGGAGAGUAUGAAGAAGACAAUUUUUCAGACACUGACAAUGAGGAAGAAUGGCAAAAAGAGGCUCAACAAAGCAAUCAAAAAGACUGGGAAAAAGAAACUCAUCAGAGCAAUGCAAAUGAAUGGCAAAAUGAAGCUCAACAGUCAACGUAUGUUUAAGACAAAAAAAUGCACAAUUUAAACUGCCACUAUUGCAGCAUCACUUGGAAAUGACAUUUGAACUCCUUGCAAGAUAGUCUCAUUAUUAUGCUUAAAGGAACUAUGUGACUCUUUGAGGAUCUUGAGGAUGUCAUUAAGGGUGGUGCAUGCUUUACUUGUUAGAUUAGUUAUUUUUAUAGUUAACACAAAAAUGAGAAUUUUUUUACAUUUAAGCUAGGCUGGGUUAUCAUCACUUAUUGUUAUAAAAAUAAUUAUGUCUGUUGUGUGUUGUUUCAGAAAAUGGCCAUACAAAGAUGUUUUGACUUGUAAGGACUUACCUCCCAAUCCUUAAUAUGAAAUUCCAGUUUGGUUAUAUCAAGCUUUGAUAUCUGCAUCGCAUGUUACUACUAGUGAGAAUAUUGCCUGUGUUCCAUGUGAGGGACAAGGUCAUUUCCUGAAACCUUGCAUUCAGAUACUGUGACAUUUGCAUAAACAAAUUCAAAAUGUAAAUAAACAUAUAUUAAUUAGAAUACAAGCAGAGAUGUAAACUAUUCAUCAGUGCACAGACCCUCAUAAGAAGCUAAUAGUUAGCUUGUUAAUAAAAUUGCCAGCUAAAUGAGACAAAUACUAGAACUUUUCUCUGAACAAAAUGUAUUAUGAUUAAGCCAGCAUAGGCUAAUAAGUCUACUAAAGUUGAGGCUAAAUUGCAGUUUGCAAGACAGCAUGGUCCAGGAUUUUUAGGGAGCUGUUGUACAUUUAUAAUUUUCAGCUGUAAUUGAUAGUUCACAAAAAGUAGCAGAAUUUGUGGAUCCCCAUAUCUUACAAAGUUGUUUCUAGAAAAAUAGUGAUGCAUGGCCUCUAUUAUGAUGGUCCGUGUUAAUGACAUGGAAAAGAAAGAGUAUAACAGUUCUUACAUUUCUAUCCUGAAAGGAUAAGAUAUUAUUUUGCUCAGAAAUGAAGAGUAGAGGUGAAGUCACAACUGUUAGUCACGGAAGAAGGUGAUGAG